AUGCCAGUUUUGCAGACACACAUCUCUAGUGCGCCGAAAACGAUGCCAGUUGGAAAACGACGUAGAACUUAUCCGACUCGUUUCCGUGAGCGGAUAGCUCUUCAUGAACGAUACGAUGCCAUUUUUGCUUGCGUCGUCAAGAAGGCAUUGUCCGAAGCAUCGCUUCCGUCCACUCCACCACAGUCUGACGCAAUUGGGGAUGAGGUUCGGAAAAGAUGCACAAGUGAAACUCUACCAGAAAGGUCACGAGUCCGUUUUGAUUCCCAACCAACAGUUCUUCCUGUAGAGGGAGAAGUCCCGAAGCCGCAACUAGCGCGAAACUCUGCCGCGUCUAUUCCCAUUGAGCCAAGAGUAUAUUGUCACUGUGGCAUAGCCGUAUUUACGCAUGCGCUGCUUCAUGAGCAUGUACUUUUCGAGCAUCCGUAUCCCCUUGCCGUUCGCUGUUCCCAUUGUAACGCAUCGCAUGAGUUCAUUCGGCAAAAGCAUAUCUGCAGCAUCUGCGACGCUUUUGCGGAAGAUCUCGAGGAACACCUCAAAAUUCAUUACCGAGAUUGCACACGCCCAAGCGCUCUGAUGGAAUGUCGAAUGUGUUUCAAAACGUUUCAAACUGUUCAUGAAGUUGUCUUACACGAGCGUGCGUCCCAUGGAAAGAUACGAGUCCCUCCCAAAUUUCCAUGCGAAUAUUGCGGCAGUCAGUUUAACACCAAGCAUAUGCGAGAUUCCCAUCUUCUGACGCACUUUGAAGACAAUGUUCAUGAAAUUUGGGAUCGAUUAGAGCAAAUGCAGAACGAAUUAGGAGAAAUGAUAGUGAUGAAUCAGUGCCCAAUAUGUCUGUCCGUUAUGGGUAGUAGAAAAGGCUUUCGAUGGCAUAUCUUGCAGAAGCAUUUGUUGAAGGAGCCGGAAGCGUUCUUAGAAUUCCUAAGCUUGUCAUCUUUCAUUGUUGACAACACUGCCGUAAAACAAGAACCUCCAAUACCCGUCCCGAAUGAUGCAGUCCGCAAUGGUGUAGUUGUGAAGAAGGAAAUUAAAGUGGAAUGCAUUGAGUAA